AUCAUGUCUCACUCAGGUGCUCAGGGCAGUAUUGGCAGCCACUCUGCUAUGGGGCUGCGCAAUCACAAGAUAUACCUCUAUGAGUACGAGAACUUCCAAGGCCGUAGGAUGGACCUGUUCGGAGAGUGCCGUAACCUGUGUGAGAAGGGUUUUGAGAGAAUUGGCUCCAUCAGGGUGGAGUGCGGCCCCUGGGUGGGUUAUGAGCAGCAGAACAUGACUGGUGAGAUGUUCAUGCUGGAGAAGGGAGAGUAUCCCCGUUGGGACACCUGGUCCAACAGCUACAGGUGUGACCGCAUCAUGUCAGUGAGGCCUGUCCGCAUGGAUCCCCAGGACCACAAGAUUUGUCUGUAUGAAUGUCCAAACUUUGAGGGUCGUAAGAUGGAGGUGUGUGAUGAGGACAUUCCAAGCCUGUGGUCAUACGGCUUCCAGGACCGCGUUGCCAGCAUACAGGUCACCGGUGGAACCUGGGUGGGCUACCAGUACCCUGGCUACCGUGGCUACCAGUAUGUGUUUGAAAUGGGCCCUUACAAGCACUGGAAUGACUGGGGAGCCCACCACCCCCAGGUCCAGUCCAUCCGCAGGGUGAGAGACAUGCAGACGCACCGCAGGGGCUGCUUUGAGAUGACCGCAUAGAGAGAAGUCCAGCAUACUGUGGGCAAACAGGAGGGAAUAGCAAGGGGUCAGGCUUGCAAUGCUGCUAACCAUCCCUUGGAAAUUCUUCAACGGCCAUUUAUCCAUGAAAGCUAAUGGCUUCUGAAUAUUGUUAGUGCUUUUACAGGUAGGAUUCGGGAGCAUGUGGCAUCAUGGAUGACUCUGAUGAGGAGUUCUGAUCUUCACAGUCUUCCAGAGCAACUGCAAUACCUGUAAAAACGGUAGCAAUGCUCUCUGUCUACAGACCUCAUAAGAAGAUUUAUCAUAUUUUAGGAGAUUAGCAGAUUUAAGUUGAUAGUUUGUGUUUACUAGUUUGUUUAAAAGCUAUUUUACCCCUUUUAUUUUUAUUUACUUGCCUACGUGUUUCCAGCUGAAAUGAUGCCAAAAAGCCUGUUCACCAAAGUGCUCUCCCUCUCCUGGGAUCCACAGAUUUUAGAGAGUAAAGGGAUAAAUAAUCACAUCACUUCUCACAAAGUACUACCAUGGACAGCUCUCUGCUCUGCACAUGCCCUGCAGUAAGUUUGCCAAGCAGAGGGAGGCACUAUCCCCUCAUCACAAUGCAAAAGCUCAUGUCAGUGACUGGAGGAGGGUAGAGGCCAGUCUGUGAUUAAAAAAGAGAAAGAUGGCUGUGCAGGGUUGUGUUUUGCAUAUGUGAAUAACUUUUGGCUGGCCCUGUUUUCAGCUCAUUGAUGGGGCUGUCCAGAAGAUUUGCAUUUUACACUUUCUCAGGGAUGCUGGCAUCUGGAAAGCAACUUUCCAAUGAAAA